AUGAAGUUCUUGUCACGGUUCUUUGUUUUGCUGGUUCUAUUAAUUCCAGUUUCUGCUGUCAACAUUCUUGUUCCGGUUAGCGUAGGUAAAAAUGAAUCUCAUCCUAAUCUUCAUAGAUUAUUUGACUGUACCCUUUCUGAGCCUUCUUUAGAUCCAUCUGCCAGUAAAUCUAGCAUUGAUGCCUUUGUUGGUUCAUUUCAACAUAACGCAAUAAUUCAUGUGCCUGCUAAUGUAAAGGGCAUUGAUACAGUUGUUAUUACCAAAAACAGUUCGACAUCGGCUUUAGUCAAUAUACGAUUAGUUAUUCCUUAUGGCGGUCAUGUAUGUGCAUUUGGUUAUGGUGCUGUUAAAUUUGCUUACGAUUCAUCAAAUAAUCGAUUGAUUUAUGAACCUUGCAAAUUAUACAUUACUGAAUCAAAAGGUGCAUUAACUUUACAUGAUCCUAAUAACUCUUGCCUGGCUUGUAAUAAUAUGGGUGUAUUUGAUGGACUCGUAUUUCAACCUGGUUCGCCGGCUGGUUCAAUCGACGAUUUCAUUGGUUCUUUUUAUCAUUCUUCGAUAAAUGGUAAUAAAGAUACGGCAGUUAUUGUUAAACAAACAUCAACAACAGCGUUGCUUUCUCUUAGUGGUAUUCUUCCUGGCGGAAAAGUGUGUUCAUUGAACACUAUUAAAGUUGAGUAUGUUCCUAAUACAGUUCCUCCACGGCUGUUGGCUAAUGGUUAUGUCGAUUGUGCAUUAUACUUUACACAAGAAAAAGAUGGUAAAUUAACUUUACGUGAUCCAAGUUUUAAUUGUGCCCGUAACAAUUGUGGAGUAUUUGAACUAUGGGAAGUUUCAGUUUUUCAAAAGAAUUAA